UUGACAUUUGACAGAUAAGGAUAAGAAUUAGCGAGACAAGACAUAUAACCUCAUACGUGUUUUUUUUUACAAAUUCUUAUAAAUUAAAUCUCACCAAAGAAAAUGGCUUCACUAAAAGUAUAUUCAGUGGGUAGACUAGUAAAAUAUGUAACAGAUUCCAGUCUCCGAUCAUUAAGAGGCAAUAUUUACAGAUCUUCAGUCAGAGGCUACAGUACCGAGGAAAAGGCCGCAGAAGAUGCAUCAAGUGAUAAACAGAUGCCCACAACAUUGGAGGACUGUCACAAACAAAUUGAAACAUUAAGUACUGAAGUUUCCUCACUAAAACAACAAGUAAAGGAUUAUGAAGACAAAUACAAGCGAGCUCUAGCAGACGGAGAGAAUGUCAGAAGACGUAUGAUGAAGCAAGUUGAAGACGCUAAGUCAUUUGCUAUACAGAGCUUCUGUAAAGACCUUCUUGAUGUUGCGGAUACACUAAGUGCAGCUGCAGACAGCGUGCCGGAGAGGGCAGAGGCACACGCUGAGAGUGCAGCGGCUGCGCUACGUUCCCUGCACGACGGUUUGCGACUAACACGCGCACAACUCGACCAAGUGUUUGCUAGACAUGGUUUGGUGGCAGUGUCUCCGUUGAGAGAGAAAUUCGACCCCAAUCUCCACGAGGCGUUGUUCCAACAGGAGGUGGAAGGCUUUGAGCCCGGCACAGUAGUGACUGUCAGCAAGGUCGGGUACAAACUGCACGAGCGCUGUGUACGCCCCGCUCUCGUGGGUGUCGCUAAAGGCUAGUACGUGACGUCUAGUUCAUGACGUCAAGUGCGUGACGUCGAGGUGGCGGACUGUUUAGAAUGUGUUCCAAUUUUCCACAAAUAAAACGUUAUAUCUGUCAUGUAUUUAUACUUGGGUUAGGAAAAUUUUAUUUUUUGUAUUUAAAAAACAUAUUUUUUAUAAAUAGUAAAGAAAAAUUUCCGGACGAAUUCUAAUUUCACUAAAAUGCACAAGUUUGUCUAUGGUGAUUUGACACCUGUCAAAAUGCAUUUUGGCGGGACAACGUAAUUACUGUAGUAAAUUUUUUUGUUGCAUUUAUUUUCAUUGAAAUAAUUUAAAGGUUUUUUUUAUUUAAAAAGUAUAUGUAUUGGUUAAUGUUUUAAGGCAUCUUUAAUAAUAGAGGUAAAAUUGUAAAAAAAGUAUAUUUUUUCAUAUCAUUGGAUACACGGAACAAAUUAUCAAUUCCAAAUGUGUGAAUGUGGUUCAAAGUGCAGAAUGUAGUUUUAACAAAAUAAAAAUGUUUAGUUAA